UCCCUUCAUCUGUUGUAUUAAAUGGACCUUUGUCUUCACACAUUCUCUCAUACAUAUCUUACCAUCGUUAUUACCAACUUUCUCAUUCUAUCACGGUUUAGUUCUACACAAACUGAGGACAACUCGGCAACUAGUUAGCUCAAGAACAAACAUACAUUCAGUAGGAAAAUGGUGAUCAUGGAACGCACAGAGAUUGACACUCGUGCCCCAUUCAAGUCUGUCAAAGAAGCAGUUAUGUUGUUCGGAGAAAAAGUAUUGGUUGGGGAAAUUUAUGCCAACAAGAUCAAAGAGAUGCAAGUUGAAGGGAGUGCACAAACCAGAGGUGGGGCAAUGGCAGCUGAGCUGGAAGAAACAAAGCAAAGUCUUGAGGGAGCCAAAGAAGAAGCUAGCAUGCUGGUUCAGCGCAUCAAGUCCCUGAAGAAGGAACUGGAACAAACAAAGAAAGAACUCGAAGACACAAAAGCAAGGGAGAAAAGGUUGCUGCAGGGACGGGAUGAUCCAGAGAUUGAAGACCUCAAGUUCAUUGCAACCAAUGUGGAAAUCAAAACACCAAGCAAUGAGGAGACAGUUGAGUUCCAAAGGAGAAGAUAUGUGAAAUUCGCUAGUCCUCAUGCACUUGCUCAUGUGAUUCCUAACAAGGGUGAAUUGCUUGGGAGACCCCCUUCUGUCAAGAAGACUAAGAGGAAGCCACUGAUGCCUUUGAUAGGAUGGCUUUUCUCUAAAAAGAAAGGAAGCCACGAAAUUGACUCUCCCAAAGCCUGAAAAGUCCUUCUCACCUUCUUAGUUCCCUAACUUGCCUCUAUUCUUCUCAGUUUUCCACAAACAUGUGUUGGGUGCCCUCAGUUUCUCAGAUUAAUAAUUACCCCUCGUUUUUUUGUUCUUUGUUUAUGAGGCGAAAGUUGGCCCCUCUCAAUUUUGUAAAUUUGUACUUCUAAUUUCCUUACUGAGCUGGCCUGCUUUGGACCUUGCUUGGUAGAACAAGAGCUUCUGGAACAGUAUGAAUUCGAACAUGGGACAAUAAAGUGCUUUUGGGUAUAUUGUAUUCUGUAUACUCAGUAACAUAUAUCUACAUCUACCACUUAGUUUU